UUCCAUGAAGUGCUUCCCUAAUUUAGAGGUUGUUCCGUUUUUUACAAAGAGGAUAUGAUAUAGCUACUUACAAAAGGAAGAAGAAAAAUGGACGUAGAACAACAAGCAAGUAUAUCUGAUGGACAUGCAGAAAAAGUGAAAAUAAAAAUCACUAAUUCAACUCCAAUAGGACAUUUCAUAAAAAAGACACAGAAACAGGGACAUGCAACACCUCCUGCUUUACUACAUGAUCAAGUAAAUACUACAAAGAAAAUGGGUGUUAUUAUAAGCUCUUGUAUUCGUGGUACAACAAAAGACUUGCAUUCAGAUAAAUUUAGAAUAGUUGGACAUGGAGGUGGACACGGGCGGACAGGAAGAAAUAUUGAAAAAUGUGAGGAUCAAAAUAUAUCUGGUGGUGAGGGUCAUGGCAGUCAAAAUCCAAAUCUUGCCUUAAUUGUUGAAGAUGAAAUUGCAGAAGACCAAUUACAAUUCAUACAAACUGAAAUAAAAAAUGUUAUUGACAAGGUUUGGAAUGACAUUGAAACAAGUAAGACAGUUGCACAACAAGUUGCGUCUAAAAAGUCAAGUACGGUAUCACACAAGAAGGGCUGGAAAGUCAUCAGGAUUUUUAUCUCUUCCACGUUUGCUGAUUUCCAUGCAGAACGUGAAGUUAUUGUAAAAAAGGUUAUGCCCGAGCUCAAAGAAUGGAGUGAACAGUUCAAAAUCCACAUACUAGAAUGUGAUCUUCGUUGGGGAGUGCCAAAAAACACUGACACUGAAGAAACAAUAUCAAUAUGCUUGGAUGAGAUAACAAAAUGUAUCAGUGAGACUGAUGGGGAACCAUUUUUUGUUAGUUUACUUAGUGAAAGAUAUGGUUGGAUUCCAUCUUUACAGAAUUUAUCCCAAAAUAUAAUUGAAAGAUAUAGUUGGGUAUAUCCUGUGUCUAUUACACAUAUGGAAAUUAUUCAUGGAGCUAUUCGUACUUGCUCACCGAAUGCAUUAUUUAUGUUACGGGAUAAAGAGUCGUUGAACGAUUUACCUGAUCAUUUUCAUCAUGCAUACAUAGACAACUCAAUCCUUUCGAGGCGUUGUCUUGAGAGGUUAAAAGAAGAACUGGUGGAACAAUUUCCGAAACAGACAUUGAAAUACAAUUCUGUAGUUAUUGGAACUAGUGAUGUCACUGGGUUGCAAAAGGUUGAAUUUGACAAAUUAGACGUCUUCGCAGCAGAUGUUAUAAAUUUUUUCAAAGAACGUAUAAAAAAGUAUGUCUCAGCCCAUAACCAGGUAACUGAAGAAUUAUCAGAAGUUGAGAAAAUGCAGGAAAUGCAGGACAUUUUCAUUGAGAAGCGAGGACAAUUACUGAUUGGAAGAGAGAAAGAAUUUCAAGUCAUAACAGAUUUUGUUCAAAGCGAAGGACGAGAACGAUUUUUGUUUGUAAUUGCUGAACCUGGAACUGGUAAAUCUUCUUUGGCUGCAAACUAUGUGAUGAAGUUAAAGAAGAACAACUCGCCAUGUCUUUAUAAUUUUGCAAGUUCGGCUCCUGGAUCGACAGAUUCGAUCACCGUGCUUCAACGUUUUUGCCAGGAACUCUCUAAAAUGUUGAAGGAAGAUCCUCCGAAUAAAGAAACGCUCAACGAUUACAACCAUCUCUCAGAAUGUUUCUCUCGCCAGUUGAAAGAUAUUUCUUCUAAAUUUCCUUGUUUUGUGAUUGUCUUAGACGCCGUGAAUCAGUUUGCAGAUGAUUGGGGACGCACUUGCGACUGGCUGCCGCUAUUUCCUGCAAACGUAAAUAUUCGAUGUAUUAUAACCUGCGUACCAGAUUUCCAAGGUUUUGACAAACUAACUACAAAGUUCCAUGAUUUCUCUCAAAAGAUAUAUUUGACAGGAUUUAACGUCGAGUGCAGGCGGAAGUUAGUGGAAAUAUUGUUUUCUCGUUACAACAAGCAAUUAGAUCCUGGUCAGAUGGAGUGCUUGAUUUCACUGGAUGCGUGUGCGUCUCCUUUGUGGCUUGCACUUGCAUGUGAAGAGUUAAGAGUGUUUGGUGUUUUUGAACAAGUGACUAAACGCAUCAAAGAAUUACCAGAUUCAAUAGUUGGGUUAUUAGGUUUAAUUUUUAACCGAUUAAUUGCAGAAGACGAAACUGAGAAGCUAAAAGAGGCGUUUAGCUAUCUCUACCUCGCAGGAUCAGGAUUAACUGAGACUGAACUGCGCCAUCUUUUAAACACAAACAAAGAAGAAUGCUUACCAAUGAUGACGUGGGUGAAAACACGAAUUAAAAUAAAACCGUUUCUUCUCAAUACUGGUGCACGUGGAGACGAAGAGAUGUUCUCUUUCUUUCACAAUGCUGUUGCUGAGGCUGUCUUUAAACAUUUUGUCAUCUCUAAAGAUACUGAGGUACAGUUUCAUCAAGAUUUGGCCAAUCAUUUUCUAAAAUACGGUCAAGAUGGCUACCGCACAGCUAAUUCAAUUAUGAAGCAUUUGCAAAAUUCGAACAUGAACACCCAGCUUGUUGAGUUCCUUCGUAAAGAUCCGAGAGGAGUUCGAAUUUCGGACGUUCAGAAAAGUUUUACAUUAAAGAAACUUCGAUGUAUCCAAAGAAUAAUGCCAGGUAAUAGUCCAUUUAAAGCAGAAGUGCGCAUGUGUAACAGAUGUAGUUUCAAGUCAAAGUUAAUUACCCAGAAACCAUUGCAAAUGAAACAGCUGUGUAUGUUAUGCGGAGCGUUUGCGCCACGGCAGAAACCAGAGUACAAAGCUUUCUUGUGUCAGAAACACAAACCGUUUGUUCCACCGUCAACCGAUAAGUGUUACUUUUGCAAACAGGUUUUGUUUCUGCAACAGAAGACUGCAAUGCCGUUGUAUGUGAACUGCUACUUGUGUCAUUUGUGCAGUGUUGGUAAUAUGUGUGUUGAGUUGACAUGCUGAUAUUUGUUUGUGUGAACUGAUGCGCGUUUACUUGUGCAGUGUUGGCAAUCUAUGUUCAGUGUUAAUUUAUAAUUUAUUUAGCAUAGUGCUUUUUAUGCUUCUUCGUUUUACAAUUUUUUGCAUGAAAUAAAAGCAUAUUUUCUUUAA